UUAACACGGGACAAAAGAUUUGGCCGUUAUCACUGAUUUUCCGUAAUAGAUAUCCGUAAUUGUUAUUGGCUGUAAGUUGUUGUAGUUGUUGUACUUCACCGUUGAUAACAUUGCUGCUGUUGUAUAAUAUUUUGUAUGUCGUCCUCGACGGCCCGUUCGCGCAUGCCGGUCCGCCGUGGUUGUGCCAUUUUAUCUAUUAUCAUUAUGUGGUCGCGCGUGCUCGUUACUGUUAUCAUAGCGCGUGAUUAACAUUUAUUUUCCUCAUUUUUAUUAUCAUUCUAAACGAGGUUUUGAAUUUUGAAUCUAAGUUAGUGAAUUCUUUUUUUUUACAACCAACAGAGUUGGGUGUACUCACGCAUAGUCUAUUUCUAUUGGAAUCGAAGCGAGUUGAACAAACGGUUCGCCAGAGGAUUCGACACAACCGCACGGUCCUGAAACAUUCAACAUAGAAAUCACAAUCAACUAAUACACUAUGUCAAUUAAGGAUGUUCGUUUUGGUUUCAAUUUUCUAACGGACACAAAUAUCAAGGCAUGUAUGGAUUCUGUUAGAGACUUGGAACUAACUUUUGCUUGUUUACCAUUGACAAGUCUUAAGUUAAAAUCUAGUUCUAAAGUAUUGGAUCCAUCAAAUACUGUUAUGAAUCCUGAGUUUUGUCGAAAGUGGUGUCAUUGUGUUGUUGCAAAAAUUUCUCAACCUAAUGUUGAUUCAGAAAUCGAAAGUACUAGAUCAGAAAAUCAAAAAUCUUUUGCACAAGACAUUUCAUGGGCAACAUUUUUAAACGUAUAUAGCAUAAUGUUUGAGUUACCAUUACACGGAGAUGUUGUAAAUUUGGUUAGAUUGCUAGACAAUCAAAUUGAUAUUUAUAUAAAUUCUGCUGUAUUAAUACAGUUUUGGGCAUUAGUACCAAUAGUCGAUGUAAAAAUAGAUCCAUGGAAAAAAUGGACUAAAUUCAUUUCAUCUAUAAGAAAUGUAAAUAGAAUAAAAGUAGCCUUGGAAAUCGGGACUGAGUUACCUAGCAAUGAAGAACUUGAUCGUUGGUUAGGAGAACCAGUUGCAGCUUUAAUAAUUCAGUCUAAAACCUUUUUAAUAAAUAAAAAAGGUUACCCAGUGUUACCUAAGUCUCAUCAAGAAUUUAUUAAAAAAAUGUUCAACAUAGGUUGUCAAAUUGUAAUAUCUGGACAGUUAGGUGUUAAACAACAGUUUAAUUACUUAGCUCAUCUAUACCAAAAUACUACAUCAUUAACCCCUUAUAGUUCUGAUUAUAUUAGUGGAUUUGAAGAUUACCUUCAGACACCAUUACAACCAUUAAAGCAUAAUUUACAAUCGUAUGUUUAUGAGACAUUUGAACAAGAUCCUAUCAAGUAUUAUGAGUAUCAAAGAGCAAUAUCAAAAGCUUUAAUUGAUAAGUAUGAAGAUAGAGUUAUUGUUGUUUAUGUUGUUGGUGCUGGUCGUGGUCCAUUAGUAGAUGCUACGUUCGAAGCAGCUAAGGAAUCAAAUAUUAAAGUUAAAAUAAGUGCCAUUGAAAAAAAUGAAAAUGCUUUACCAUCAUUGUAUUUAAAAAAUAAAGAAAAAUGGGAAAAUCGUGUAACUAUUAUUAAUGAGGAUAUGCGGUUAUGGAAUCCGUCAGAAAAAUGUGAUAUUCUAGUGUCAGAACUAUUGGGAUCUUUUGGAGAUAAUGAAUUAUCUCCAGAAUGUUUAGAUGGGGCUCAAAGUUAUUUAAAAGAAGAUGGUAUUAGUAUACCUUCAAGCUAUACUUCUUAUCUUGGUCCAAUACAAUCACGUAAAUUGCAUGCCGAAAUAUCAUCCAUUAGGAAUAAUAAAGAUAAUUGUAACUUUCAAAAACCUUAUGUAGUACAAUUAAAUAAUGUCUAUUCUAUAGCUCCAGCAAAAGCACUUUUUACAUUUGUUCACCCUAAAAAAAAUCUAGAAGAGAGUAAUGACAGAAAUGGGUUUUUGAAAUUCAAUAUUUCCCAGGAUUGUGUUUUGCACGGAUUUGCUGGUUAUUUCGAAACUGUGCUUUACAAAGAUGUAUGUCUCAGUAUUGUUCCUGAAUCAUUUAGUGAAGGCAUGUUUAGUUGGUUUCCUGCUUUCUUUCCUCUUGUAAAACCAAUAUUUCUCAAUAAAGGAGAAGAACUUCAAAUCAAUUUUUGGCGGUCCAGUAACAAGUACCAAGUGUGGUAUGAAUGGUGUAUGACAAAACCAUAUCAGAGUAUUAUACAUAAUAUAAAAGGAGAAAUGUAUUUUAUGUCACUUUAACUCAUUUUGCUAGUUACCAAUUUUCAAUGUGUUUAUUUUGUAAUUAUUGAAAUA